GGAAACCACAGAAAAUGAAUCUGCUAAUGAAGGUUACAGAUUCGGUCAAGAAGAAGAAACUUACAACAUUGUAGCUGCUCACGCGGCUUGGCCGGUAGUAGGCAUUUGGUUUACUGCUUUAGGUAUUAGUACUAUGGCUUUCAACCUAAAUGGUUUUAAUUUCAACCAAUCAGUAGUUGAUAGUCAAGGACGUGUUAUUAAUACUUGGGCUGAUAUUAUUAACCGUGCUAACCUUGGUAUGGAAGUUAUGCAUGAAC